GAACUCUGCACUUGGAUAGAACACACUUGGUUUAAAGACAUCAAAAGCUGCUCAGCUCCAGCCAGUUGCUGUCUAGUUGGAACUGGGUCUAGUGUUGUCAGAUGUUUUGAUCUCUAAGAGGAACCAGAAGUCUGGACAUUAUGGACUAUUUCAGUUUUAAAAUACUGGUUCAAAGUGCCAAACAAACUAAACAAGUCAUAGGCUAGGUGUAAUCCCAGGCCAACAGUUUGUUAUCUUUGAUCUAAGUUAGAAGUUGUUUAGGAUAGGGAGUUUGUUAAAAUAUUUGUACCCUUUCUUUUUCUCCUUCAUUAAUCAUUAGAUGUCACCAUCUACAGAAAGCUUUAUCAGUUUACAGUCAAUGAAGUCACAGAAAUGCUUUAGAUGGCUCAAACCUUUGGAAUUUAUGCUUCAUUUUUCAAUAUGCUAUAAUUCCCAUGCAGACAAAUAAAAUACCAGCAAGGAAUGGCUUUGCUCAAAUAACAAAUCGUGGGCUACAAAGCUGCAGGAUUAGUCUUUGUCCUAAGCCAUGGAUUGGCCAGAUGAGAGUCAAUGGGAUGAAACCACCUGCAACAUGGCUAUUUGUCAGCAUUGGAAAGGUUUACCUGACAAAAGAUUGAUCAGCUCUGCUAAGAGAUCUUCCAAACUUCCAGUGUUAAAUUUGAAUGAGACAAAACUUCCUUGUCCUCAAGGUGUCAGAAAUAUGGUUGUAAUCUGGAUUCCAGAACCAGAGAAGAAUGUGAGCUUAGCUAAGAAGACACAUACUUUCCCCAGCCAGGAUGAGAAGGAGGAAAGAAAGAAAUUGGCAGUGGUGAGUUUGAUUUUUUUUUCUAUUUUACCUAGCUGCUUUAUUUUUUAUUUCCACGUAAGUUCAAACUCCUCUGUCCCCUUCAGCCUUUUAUCAGAUGGAGGGAAAACCGUGCCUUGUCCGGAGACGAAGAUACAAUUGGCCAUGAUGAAAAAGAAGCUUCCCCUGGAAAAGAACCGACCCGAGAGUGCACUUUCUUCUAAGAUGUUUCUGACUAUACACCGCCUCACCUUGCAAACACCAACAUUAAGAUAUUCUGAACAUUUGAAGAAAUUACAUUGUAACCUGCAGGGAGAAGGUAAAUGUUUUGUUACUACUGGAUUUCCAGGUACUGCUUCCCCUCAGCCCACCUUGGAAGAUACUGAAUUGACUGGGUGGUCUAUAGGUCAUAGAGCUUGGCUAGGUCAGGAGAGUGACAUGAAAUAGUAACAGUAGAUGGAGAAAAAAGGAACAACUUUGAAAAAGGGUCUUCUCUUAGGUCCUGAAAUAUCUGAGGCAGAAGCCACUUACAAGGACGUUAGUGCUCCAGAGGAGGCUGUUCUGGAAGGUCCAGUUGCCAGUGGACAGAACAUUUCAGGACAAAUGACUGGAGAAAGCUGGAACCCUGAGCUCAAACUACCGAGGACUCUUCAGCCCACUGAUGACGAGAAUGAGAAGAACCAGCCCUCUGGGGCACAGAGUUGGAAGUCUCUGCAGACAGAAGUUGAAGGCAUCACUUAGGCCAGCCUUAUCAGAUACCUCAGAUACCAGGUGUC